AUGAUCAGGGAACCUGCUGGGACACCUCCAGUAGAGAGGCCCUCUGUCCCCCUGGGAAAGGGAAAGAAGAAGGUCACUGAGCCUGUCGAAGACUCGGACGAGUCCUCAGACGAGAAUGACAUGGACUCCGUAAAUGUGUUCGAUAUUUACAAAACUCCUAAGGCUACCACGGCUCCCUCGAGCAAAAAGAAGACAAGCAAGAGGCACCACGAGGAAAGCAGCAAAGCGCCUCAGGCAAAGAAGCCUCGCAAUGCAGGCCCUCCGGAGGAUAGGCCCUCCGCCACCACAACUCCAUCUUCUCCCCGCGAGCAGAAGAUUCCUCCUGCUCCAGCUGGAUCAACUCCUCCUCCCGCGGCCCCGACCGACCAAACUCAGCAGGCCGAUCCUGCCAUGCUGACCCUCACUGCCAGCCGUAUUUGCUCAGGUGCUGUCACCGAGCAGGCUAGAACUUUGGAGCAACGACACGAGGAUGAACUUAAAGCUGCCGAGGAAAAAUACGCUGAACAGCUGGCAGUGGUGCUUGAGGAAAAGGCUAAACUGGCUAAGGAGUUGGAGGAGAAGCAGAGGUCUCUAGACAAAGCUCAUGAGAAGAGGGACCAAUUUAAGGAGUCUAACAGUUUCAAUUUUCGCGCAGCCCAACAGCUCGAGGUGGACUUGAAGCAUAACCAAGGUGCCAACUUCGACUACCUUCCCGAGAAUGCGAGAGACGCCGAGAUUGCUCGUUGCGCUGCUCAGCUGGCCGAGGAAGAAAGGUCAAGGGUUCCUGCUUCCCCUGAAAUCUCGCUAGCUGCUGGGAUGGAUGGGGCAGACAACGAGGCUGCAGGCGUCGUCGAUCAAGGCCCUCCUCAAGAUCCUCUGACUGCUUAA